ACUAAAAGGCGGAUCGUGGGUAAGAUGACUUAGAUGAGCGACAGCGAUUCUAGUACUAGGUAGUAGGAAUUUAGGAAAACAUUGAGAGAAUUAAAACCAAUUAUAAUAAAAGAGAGAGUAAGAAAGGACUAGUAGCUGUAGGAAUUGGCUUGAUUACUGCCUGCCUAAAAUUUAAUAUCCUAGUGCUCAGUUUUUUUAUCCUAAGUCAUAAGUGAUGUCACGUCCCGUCCCACCGCCUAGAAGGGUUUGGUAUAAAGUUUACCAAAAUUUUCUAAAAUCGUUGUCAUUUGGAUACGUAAGAGCUUCAUCAGAAGGUGGGGGUAAAUACAUAGGAGAAGAUUACAUGGGCAACAAAUACUUUGAAAAACCUGCUGAUCCAGAACGUGGCCGCUCUCUACCUACUCGCUACUUUGAAGUUCUUGAUCGUAGCAAUUACCAAAAGGAAAAUCUUCCCACUGAAUGGGACUCUUGGCUGCGGCAUCGGAGGCGCGUGCCUCCCACAGAAGAAGAAAUUAAGCGCAAUUUGCAGAUUGCUCUCAUGAAGAAGAAAAAUGCAGAUGCUGAUGCCAUCAGGCGAGGCCUUCCCCCAACCAGUGAAGCACCAAAGCACCUGGGCCUCAACUAUCCGGUCUAUGAAGAGUAUGAGAGCAACCCUGGACAGCAACCCAAAAAUUUACUCAAGGAUGACAAGUGAAUAUAGGUACUGUGUUUUUAUGAUGGAGUAACCCAAUGUUGUGGCAGCAGUGCCUCGUUGAAAAUUACACAUGAAAUAAUUAGCAUCAAAGUCAUUUGUUCAUAACUGUUCAUGCAUGUCAAUGCCUUGCUGACGACAUGUAUGAAAAGUUGAAUCUACUUUUUUAGAAGCAGCUUAAUAUCUAGAACUCGCUGUUUCUAGCUUUUAUGUCACUCGUAAAUAAAACUUUUAUUCCAGGGGUGGAAAUAUGCCUCAUUUGUUGAAGACAUUAUUGGUAUUACUUGCUAUAAAAAAAUUCCUAGUGUCAGUAAUGGGACUAUUUUCAUAUUGCAGUGUAACUUUAAUAUGUAUUGUUUUUAAUCGUACCCUAUUCAUUUUUAUUUCUCCUCUAAAAAUUUGUAAUUCAAUGUAAGGAAACAAUCUAAUUUAUCACAUUUGACUGUUGAAAUAUUAUUUUCAACGUGUUAAUCCUUUGUAUGGUAUCUAUGUACUGAAAUCGACGAGCAGUGUACAUUGUAGAUAUUUAUGGAAGAAAUAUAAACUUACGUGCCCA